AUGUCUAGAAAGAACAAUAAAGCAAAGAAACUAAAACGUAUAGAAUAGUUGAGAUAAAGAGAAACUGAAUAAGAAAAAAAGAAAGAGCAAAUCCAAAAAAAUAGAAAACUAAAAGAAUAAGAAAAGGAAGCUGAAUAAAUUCUUGAUAAAAUUGGUAUCAAUGAAGAUGAUGAAUGGUAAGAUGAAUCUGCUAGCGGAAUGGAAUAAGAACACAAUCACCAAGCUGCUUAAAAGUAAAAGAAAAUUAAAAAGACAAGAAAGGAUGUUGAAAACGAAAAGAAAAAAAUGAGAAAGUAAAAGAAAAAACCUGUUAUUGUUUAUGAUGAUUAAGAAAUGGAUGAUUGA